AUGGCCAAUUAUCUGUUUCUAUUGGUGGUUUUUCUACUCUGCCUUGGUCCAGCAUAUUCUGCCCCAGGGCAGGUGGAGCAGGUGGCGCCGGACGCCUUGUCGACUAGCUGCUUGUCAACCAGCGCAGUCGAUCCUGAAGUUUAUGAUCGAGAUUUGGAGAGAUUCGGGCAUCCUGGUGAUCAUCCAGAUCAUUCAAGUUCAUGCACAAGCUCCUGGACCCCAACUUGGACCAGUCCAUGCACGACAACCUUGACUAGUACCGUUUCACCAACUACAACCAGUACUCCUCCAACUAUUGAACCUACUACGACGUGCUCUACCACAGAUACUGGAUCGAAUAGCUCUACUGAGACUGGUAAUACUUCCACAUCCAGUACAACAUCUAGCCCGUCCACAACCACUACUUCUCCUUCCACUACAACAACCACAACAACCACGACGUCUCUUCCUACAACUGCAACUACAACCUCAAAUAUUAUUCCAACAACUACAACGACGUCUACAACUACUACCACUACCGUGACAUCUAGCCCUACUACCACUACUACUACAUCUACUACUACAUCUCUUCCUACAACUACAACUUCAACUACCACUACCACAUCCACCACCACUACCACUACCUUUAUACCAACCACUACAACAACAACCAGUACUAUAUCUUUUACAUCUUCUACAACAACCACUACUACAACUACUACCUCUUCUUCCACAACCACAUCUAUCCCUACUAGUACUACCACAACAACUACAACAAGCACCACAACCUCUCCAUCUACAACAACUACCACAACCACAUCUAUCCCUACUAGUACUACCACAACAACUACAACAAGCACCACAACUUCUCCAUCUACAACAACUACCACAACCACAUCUACAACUACUACAACAACUACCACAACCACAUCUAUCCCUACUAGUACUACCACAACAACUACAACAAGCACCACAACCUCUCCAUCUACAACAACUGCCCCUACUACUACUACCACCACCUCUACAACUACCUCCAGGACAACCACCACUUCCACCCUACCUUCAUGCCCUACCUGUGAUAUCGGCUCUGUGCCAAAUGGGUGCGAUAUAACCACGUCAUGCAUCUACCUAGGAAGCGAAUACCGCUGUGCUUGCCGAGCAGGAUACAAAUCAAGCGACCCAAACAACGAAUAUCGCAUUUCUUAUCCGGAUUAUGGCUUUUUGGUCUUUGUACCUACAGGCAUAGUUUGCAAUGAUCUCUGUGACUUCCCUCUGGGUGCGCCGGAAGGAACGUGUGCAGAUGUUGGGCUCGCCGAGCUAAGUUGCCAAACUUAA